CGGUCAGCAGACAGCUCCUCAUUUAUAAUCCUGCAUUUAGAAGAUGAGGACGUGUUUCCUAUACUGCGUCCUCUGCCUUGUGGCUCCUAUUGGCUACAGUCAGCGUCCUGGGCCUCCUGGGUUUCCUGGGCCUCGUGGGCCUCGUGGGGAUCCUGGGCCUAUUGGGCCCCCAGGUUCCAAAGGAGAUCCUGGACCAUUUGGGCCAGCUGGAGCAAAAGGGUUUCGUGGUGCUCCAGGUGCAACUGGAUUUCCUGGAAUGCCUGGACCAGUUGGAGCCCAUGGAGCGCCUGGAAUACCUGGAGAUGUUGUAAAGUGUGGAAAAGAUAUCUUCGGCUCCAUUAACGAGGACCUUGAAACCUUAAAGAAGAUCACUGAUAAGUUAGAACUGGCUAUAAACUAUGAUUUUGUGCAGACAGUUGCUGAGAAAUACUUUGUGUCCUACAAGGAGACAGGCACUUUCUCCAGGGCCGUCGAGUUCUGCUCCCAGCGAGGCUUGGAUCUGGCUCUGCCCCAGAACGAGGUGGAGAAUGUCGCACUGACUCAGUUCUUUGGUGUCGCUUACAAAACAGCCUGGAUCAACGUCAACACUAAAAAAGCAGAGGGGAAUUUUGAGGUUGAUCUGAAAAACCGACCUCUGACCUUUACCAAAUGGGGAGAAGGGCAGCCAGACAGGCUGCAGGAUACAGGAUGCACUGUGCUGUCAGAAAAUGGUGCCUGGCAUGUGACACAUGAUUGCUCCCUGAACGCUUACAUCAUUUGUCAGUCUAUAAACUAUGGAUUUGUCCGAAGAGUUGGUCAGAAAUACUUUGUAUCUAACAAGGAGAGAGACUCUUUCUCCAGGGCCGUCGAGUUCUGCUCCCAGCGAGGCUUGGAUCUGGCUCUGCCCCAGAACGAGGAGGAGAACAACAUACUGACUCAAGUGUUUGGGGACGUUUACGAAAGAGCCUGGAUCAAUUUCUGCACUGAGAAGAUGAAGCUGCUUCUCUUAUUCGGCAUCACCUGCCUGAUGUCUCCUUUUGGCUACAGUCAAUUUGAAGGUCCCCCUGGUCCCCCUGGUCCCCCUGGUCCCCCUGGUAUCCCUGGUAUCCCUGGUCCCCCUGGUAGGCCUGGUAUCCUUGGUGCACCCGGCGGGCCUGGUCCCUCAGGUCCCCCUGGUCCCCCUGGUAUCCCUGGUCCCCCUGGUAUCUCUGGGAGCGUUGGUGAACUUGGAUUUUCAGGUAUGAAAGGAGAACCUGGAAAUCCGGGAGAACCUGGAAGACCUGGAAAACCUGGAGAACCUGGAAGACCUGGAGAACCUGGAAGACCUGGAAGACCUGGAGGAACUGGAGAACCUGGAAGACCUGGAAAACCUGGAAGACCUGGAGAAAAUGGAAGACCUGGAAUACCUGGAUUACAAGGAGAAAAUGGGCCUCGUGCAAACUGCAGACUAGAUCCCCCUGAGUCCAGUUGCCCAGACCUCAACACACUAAAGAGCAGCUUUGCUAAGUUAGAGCUUGCUAUAAACUAUGAUUUUGUGCGGAAAGUUGGUCAGAAAUACUUUGUGUCCUACAAGGAGAGAGACUCUUUCUCCAGGGCCGUCGAGUUCUGCUCCCAACAAGGCUUAGAUCUGGCUCUGCCCCAGAACGAGGAGGAGAACGUCGCACUGACUCAGUUCUUUGGUGACGUUUAUAAAGCAACCUGGAUCAACGUCAACACUAAAAAAGCAGAGGGGAAUUUUGAGGUUGAUCUGAAAAACCGACCCCUGACCUUUACCAAAUGGGGAGAAGGGCAGCCAGACAAAUCAAUCCAGGACACAGGCUGCACCAUGCUGUCAGAAAACGGCAUCUGGCGAGUGACAAACGAAUGCUUCCUGAAUGCUUUCAUCGUUUGUCAGAUCUAGAAAGGUCUCGUAUCCAAUGAAAGUCUCAACUACAGUUUUCAUGUGCUAUUGCAUAACUUACCUGUGGAUGAGUAGGGCAGGAAUGUUAUAGAGAAAGAAAAAGACACCUUCUUUCAUGCUACUGUCCAGUGAAUUAAAACAUAUUGACAUAACCUUAUCCACAUUUUCACAAUAACAUGGAAACUGCUCUAUGGGUUGGGCUUAGGCAUUAUUGCCCUUAGAUAUAUUUGCUCUUACAUGUAAUCAUUUGUUUCUUACCACGAUCCUUUAAUCUGUCCUGAAAUAAGUAUAACUGCGUCUGCAUCAUGACAUUAUGUAGAGCCUGUAAUCAUUUUUGUUUUGAAAGCAUAUGACACAAUAAAGCAUACCGCAGUGA